CGCACUUUUCUUCCUUGCUACCAAAAAAAAAUCACCGCCCAUUUCCCCUCACAAUCUCUGUAUUCUCUAGGAAAGAAUCUCGUUUCUUUCAAAAAUGGCUCCCUCAUCCAUAACAAUCUUCUACUUAUUAGCCACCCUUUUCGUAAUCUCUUCAGCUAUAGAUAUGUCCAUAGUUUCACACAACAAAAAUAAGGCGCUGCUAGAGCAGGCUGCUCGGACUGAGGAGGAGGUCAUGGCUCUUUACGAGUCAUGGCUGGUUAAACAUGGUAAGAAUUACAACGAUCUUGGCGAAAAAGAGGAUCGUUUUGGUAUAUUUAAAGAUAAUCUUCGCUACAUAGAUGAUCAUAAUUCUCAAAACCUGAGUUUUAAGCUUGGGUUGACCAAGUUUGCUGACUUGACCAAUGAGGAGUACCGAUCUAGGUACUUGGGUACUCGGAGGAAAUCCAAUUCUGUAUCGGUAGGAUCCAAGAGCAAUAGGUAUGCUUACAAGGAAGGCGAUAGCCUCCCGGAGAGUGUUGAUUGGCGGGAGAAAGGGGCCGUAGUUGCUGUUAAAGAUCAAGGAAGCUGUGGGAGUUGUUGGGCAUUUUCAACCAUAGCGGCUGUAGAAGGUGUAAAUCAGAUAGUUACUGGAGACUUGAUCUCUCUAUCCGAGCAGGAGCUGGUAGAUUGUGAUACUUCGUACAAUGAGGGAUGCAAUGGUGGUCUAAUGGACUAUGCUUUCGAGUUCAUCAUUAAAAAUGGUGGCAUUGAUACUGAUGAUGACUACCCUUACAAGGCCCGUGAUGGCACUUGUGAUACAUACAGGAAAAACGCCAAGGUUGUUACGAUUGAUGACUAUGAGGAUGUUCCUAUUAACGACGAGAAGUCAUUGCAAAAGGCUGUUGCAAAUCAGCCAAUAAGUGUUGCUAUUGAAGGUGGUGGUAGAGACUUCCAAUUAUAUGCCUCGGGUGUGUUUAAUGGCAAGUGUGGAACAGCAUUGGACCAUGGUGUUGCAGUUGUUGGUUAUGGGACAGAGAAAGGAUUAGAUUAUUGGAUAGUAAGAAAUUCAUGGGGUGCUGGCUGGGGAGAGGAAGGGUACAUUAGAAUGGAGCGCAACACGAAAUAUACUGGCUUGUGUGGUAUUGCAAUGGAACCGUCUUACCCGAUCAAGGAAGGCAUGAACCCACCCAAUCCAGGCCCAUCCCCGCCAACGCCAGUCAAGCCUCCCAGUGUUUGUGAUAGCUAUUAUUCCUGUCCUGAAGGCAACACUUGCUGCUGCAUUUACGAAUAUGCUAAUUACUGCUUCUCAUGGGGCUGCUGUCCUCUCGAGGCAGCUUCGUGCUGUGAAGACCAUUACAGUUGCUGUCCCCAUGAUUACCCCAUUUGCAAUGUCUAUCAGGGCACCUGCUCGAUGAGCAAGGACAACCCCAUUGGCAUUCCAGCAUUGAAGCGUACUCCAGCAAAACCUCACUGGGCAUUCGGUAGCACAGGGAGGAGCAGUUCUUAAUUUCAUAUUUUCGCGCAGAGGCUGUGAAUUUUGAAAACCAUUAUGUGCUAUGCUCACUUCAAGCCCAUAGUGGUAUCGGAUUCAUAAAGCAGUUGUUGCUUUAAACCUUAUAAAUGAUGCAUAACUUAGACUUAUACAAGUAUUCCAGUGGUGAAACAUUGCUGCAGAUAUAUGCAAGAAUAUGAUCCUACGCUGUUAAUAACGCAGUAAUGUAAAUAGAUUGGAUAGUGGUCUAUCAAUAUUGGCAAGGAUCAAAUUAGAUUACUUGUAAUGGCUUAUUGUAUGUUAUUUAUUCUUGUAUAAUUAUCGUGAACAUUUAAAGUUGCAUUAAAGAAGCAAUUAUAAUGUUAGUUUUA